AUGGCUACGGUAAGAUCCCACAACCCUUACUAUACCGGAGGAGUCGCUGCUCCAGCGGAAACGCGACCGGGGAUGACGACUCGACGAACCGGCGACGGUUUCGAAUGGGUCGAUGGGGACGACGAGAACGCAGGACCGUUCCGAGUGAUGAUCACCGGGCUUCCGCUGGAUGAUGUCGGUGAUAACGAUGUCAAGGAACUCUUCGCCCACUCGGUCGGCGAGAACAACGUCUCGUCAGCAAAAGUCUUGUAUGAUCAGAACGGGCUUAGUAUGGGUAUCGCUCUGGUUACCUUGAGAAGACCCUCGGACGCCAAGCGGGCGUACCAUUCUUUCAACGACAAGGCUAUCGACGGGCAGAGCCAGCGCAAAGUUCACAUCAUCUACAUUAUCGACCCAUCCGAAUCCCUCCCUUCCUCGAUCCUCAACCAACUUCAGCCCGACCUCCCCGCACCCGCACCUGCUAGUACGAACCGAGCAAGGCCUUCUCCGCCUCAACAGCCCUUGUACAAUCGAAUACCCACUGGACCAGCCGCCGGUCCGAGCUCAAGCUCGAAUCUAGCUGCCAACCCGACCCCCGCUCAAAGAUCUACGAAUAAGCCUACUCCGACCGGUCCGAAAAAGGCCAUCAAGCCCACUCCUACAGGACCUGCGAACAAGAAGGUCUCGGCGAAACCGGUAGUCACGGGAGCGAAGAGCUUGUUGAGCAGGAUCGAUGUCAGCCUGAAGGAUAGGAUUGGCGGGAUGGCUCCCGGGACGAGCAAGAUGGCGAACCAGGUUGGUGUGGGAGGGUUUCAGGAUACGUCCAGUCCGGCAUAUCAAGCUGCUUUGAUCCAAGCUCAAAAAGCGAGGAAAGCCGCAGCUACAGCAUCAAAUGCCAGUCAAAACCUCUCCUAUCGCCUUCAAACCAAUCCCAAACUCGCAGCCAAGGCCGCCAACUACAUGCAAAAUCAAAACCAGAAUCAGAACGGCGGCAAGCCGGUCCAACGGAAACCUCCGGCUCCGCCCACUCAGCCGAAAGCUCAGGCGAAACCCAGGGAGAAGACGCAGCAAGAGCUGGAUGAUGAGUUGAGAAGGAUCGCUAGGGCGAAAAAGUUUGGGGGCGGGGACUCGAUGGAUACUAGCUAG